AUGGAGUUAAGAACGCAGCUGGACCAACUCACCACAAAGUUGACAGACUUGGAAGACAGGGACCGUAGAAACAACGUGAGAAUUGUUGGCUUGCUUGAAGCUGUGGAGGGCCAACUCCAACAAACCAUGUACCCUCAUUUUCCAACUGAAGCCCCUACAGCAGCGGCACCAACCACUACUACGCUCCUAUUCUUCCCUGACUUCAGUCCAUCAACAACAGCGAGAAGGAAGAGCUUCAGUCCUGCCAUGAAAAAGGCUAAAGCCAUGGUUGAAGCAAAGCCGUCUGUCAGGAUAGUUGAGCAAAGAGAUAAAAGUGCACUGCUGCAGUGUGAAGUUCGAGGAGCUUUUUCAAAACCUGAAUUACACUGGGAGGACGGAGCUGGAAACUUCCUUCCUGUUGAAGAGGUGACAGACAGAGGAAGAAUCUACGACGUCAUCCUCCAAACUACUGUUUACAAGACCGGCAUCUAUCGCUGUGUUGCUACACAGAAGGGAAUCAACCAUCAGGCUCAUGCUGACAUACCUGUGUCUCCCCAUGGGUUCACAGGAGGACACAUCGCUGGUUUAGUUAUCGCUUCUGUUGGUUUUGUUGUUCUCGUUGUGUACAGAUGGUGGUAUCGCAUCAAAAGCUGUCUUAUGAAAGGUGCACCACAGCUGUCUAUCAGGAUACUUGAGCCAACAAAUGACAGGGUGGUGCUGCAGUGUGAAGUUCGAGGAGCUUCUCCAAAACCUAAAUUACACUGGGAGGACGGAGCUGGAAACAAACUUCAAGCUGAUGAACCACAGGAGAUAAAAAGAGGAAGACUCUACGACAUCUUCCUCCGAACUAUUGUGACUAAGACCGACAUCUACCGCUGUGUUGUUACACAGAAGGAAAUUAACUAUCAGACUUAUGCUGAGACAUAUGUGCAUUUCCCUGCCCCAACCCCCUAUUAUGAAGUACCCCUACUCUCAACUGGACUAAAAGACGGAGGUGAUGAUGAUGAAACCAGUAUACCAUUCAUGCCUUCAAAUGGAAACUCUCCAGUCUGACAACAUGCCUUGCAGUAAGCAGGACCAGGAGGGGGCAGUGUAGCUCACUACAUGAUAUCAAAUAGAAAACACUGGCCAAAAACAGUCUCAGCUGCCUGAACCUUAAACUGGAGUUCUUCAUAACUACAGUCCCACACAUUUUACCUCAUGAACUUUUUCAAGUUAUCUGCAGGAACUUCAUGAAUCAGAGUUUGGAGCUGUAUGAACUGCAGUCACAUUUACUUUCUGUAUUUGUGCUGUUCACAUUUAUUUAUUUAUUUUUUUAGUUAACAAAUGUGUUUUUUUUUAAAUCCGUUACUUCGUUUUAACAAUUGAGCUUGACAUGAAUUAUAAGUGGUAAAUUAUGAAGAGAGCAAAUUAGUUUCCAGGUGUACAAAGUAAGCUGAGCUGGUCGGCACAGUCUCUGAGGACCGGUCCAGGUGUGUUGUCCUUCCCAGCGGCCCAGCGGGGGUUGAUAUGGGACAAGACUCUCUUCACUCUGGAUGGUGUGAGAUGAAGAGUUUGCUCCUCCGGUCGUGGUAUGUACGAUGUUUGUGGCCUCAAACCGCGGUCACAGACCUGUGUGGGGGCUUUAUCGUCCGUGAUGACUUUGACUUCCUGCCACAAACGUCUCGGAUCACCUG